CGACAGGAAUGCCGCAACCGAGGCUGGUUUACCCACGCCUACUCGAGGAACGUUCAGCCGAUGGAAGAAUGGUGAUGCACUUACACGAUCAACUCACGCUGAACCUUAGAAAGGCGUCGGUGGCGGCUCGCAACUUUCGCGUCCUGGAACACGAAGAUGGACACGAAGUAACUCAUUUUUUCGACGGGAGAGAUCUGGAACAGAAUCUUCACGAAGAUGAAAAACAGUUCGCGACAGUGCACCUCACAAGAAGAGACGACGGCAUCGAAGUUGAGGGUGUGGUGGGGCCCUAUCACAGAAUCGAGCCAAUGCUCACAAUGGAGAGAUCUGAAGAGGGACUCAUUCCGCACAUGAUACACGAAAUCGAGAAGAAAGAAAUGCUCGACAUUGAGAGAGCAAUACCUGAAAAAGGUUCUUGGACAGUGAAUGAGAGGAGUUCUGGCGCUCAAAACAUUCCCGUAGAAGUCACAAUAGAGAUUUUCAUAGUCUCCGAUUAUCUGCAUUUCAGUCACUUCAAAAGUAAUAUUGAAUUAAUAACUUACCUCUGCAUACAGAUCAACUCAGUUAACAUGAGGUACGCAGACACAAGUAGCCCAAGGGUUCAAUUUCUUCUAACAGGAGUCGAGAGAGACCAGUUUAGUACUUACAGGAAUGGUACCGACGAAUUCAUGGAGAGCUCAUCUUCUCUUGACGAAUUUCGGAAGUACGCCGAUAGUAGAAGAUACGAAUACAAUUAUCCGGACAUGGUAUACUUGAUGACUGGGUUUAAUGUAUACUCACAACAAGCAGAUGGGACGAAAAGCCUGAAUGUGUUAGGAAUCGGCUUCGUAGGUGGCUUGUGCAGCGAGUUCUUCGUAGCCCUUGGUGAAGACGUCGCUGGUACCUACAGCGGAAUGCAUACGAUGACCCAUGAGGGCGGCCACGUGCUCGGUGCAUCUCACGAUCAAAGUAGCCCAAAAUUGUGGAUUAAAGGAGACCCAGGAUCGUUGGGCUGUGCUUGGAGUGAUGGUCACAUCAUGAGCUACGUCGACGGCGGAGAGAGACAUCACCGUUUUUCGAGUUGCAGUCUGAAGCAAAUUCAAAACCUCGUAAUAUUGCGAGGAGAGAUUUGUUGGAAAGUAAGCAUCACAGUUACUGGGUAUACGAGAUGGGGCAGGUACCCCGGCAUGGAAGUAGGGCCCAACGAGUUCUGCAAAAGCGUCUUUCCGGACAAAGAGAACGUGACCGCUGACAUGAAUUCAGACCGCAUGAAACACUGCAUGGUCAAAUGUCAAUAUCCAGAAUAUCAAAGGUACUGCGGCUCUUAUGGCCGUUGCGUCACGUACCUGUCCAAUAGAUAUCUGUUCAAACACGCACUGGACUACAUGUACUGUGACGUAGGCAAGGUAUGCAUCAGAGGUGUGUGCGGCCGUACUAAGGAUGACGUAACACGAAACGCGCACAGGCCAACGAGGCCACCUACAAUAUACGAGAGCACACGGACCCCAACAACGACAACGUCUACGGAAGUCAGGACGACUGAAUGCCGUUGUGACUGCAAUCCUACGGUACCCCCCACAAGAACAAUAUACGGUCCACGCCCUACUACGCCAAGAACUAGGAAUGGAUGGUACAGGCGGUGGGGGAAUUAAAGAAGGAGAACCUGAUGCCUGAAAAGCUUUUUGCGUCACGCCCAAUGAAGAUUGAUCUUUUUUAUUUUAAGGUAUAUGAAAAUACCCUCAAAACAAUUCCUUGAAAGCAGUCUUGAAUAAGUACUUCUUUUUUAUCUCCUGUAUUGGAUGAAAAUCAAGCUAAAUUAUUACCGCUGAAAAGGCCACCGG